UGCUUGUUAGUGUUAUCCAUUCCAUUUUCUCCUCUUUCUCUCACCUUCUCUCCCUCGUCAACCGAAACAGCUAAAUGGGAAUUCGCAGCUGAGACAAGUGGUUUCUUUGUAAUUGCAAGCUGGAUGCAACCAUGUCUUGCUUUAAUGGCUCUCUCUCUUUCUCUUCUCUCUCGAUUUCUCCCAAAUUGACUUUUGCUUCUCGCUCAAGAUCCAACUUCAGAAUUCGAUGUGCUGUGGGAGAGACUGUUGCAGAGCCACAAAUCAUCACUGCUACUAAACCUCUCUUACUAAAUGCUGCUCGAGGGGAAAAAGUUGAAAGACCCCCUGUUUGGCUUAUGAGGCAAGCAGGGAGGUACAUGAAGAGUUAUCAAAUCAUCUGCGAGAAGUAUCCUUCAUUUCGUGAAAGAUCAGAAAAUGUUGAUCUUGUAGUUGAAAUAUCUCUACAACCAUGGAAAGCUUUUAGGCCUGAUGGGGUUAUUUUAUUUUCAGACAUUCUUACACCUCUUCCUGGAAUGAAUAUACCUUUUGAUAUUGUAAAAGGAAAGGGCCCUGUUAUAUUUGAUCCUCUACGGACAGCUGCUGAUGUUGAUAAAGUGAGGGAGUUCAUUCCUGAGGAAUCAGUUCCGUAUGUUGGGGAAGCACUAACAAUCUUGCGGAAAGAGGUAAACAAUGAAUCUGCAGUUCUGGGUUUUGUAGGGGCUCCAUUCACCUUGGCAUCCUAUGUGGUGGAAGGUGGUUCAUCCAAGCACUUCACAAAAAUAAAGAGGCUAGCCUUCUCAGAACCCAAGGUACUACAUGCACUACUGCAGAAAUUUGCAACCUCUAUGGCAAAGUAUAUCCAGUACCAAGCAGACCAGGGAGCACAAGCUGUACAGAUUUUUGAUUCAUGGGCCACAGAGCUAAGCCCAGUUGAUUUUGAGGAGUUCAGUCUACCAUAUCUAAAGCAAAUUGUGAAUUCUGUGAAACAAACCCAUCCAGAUCUCCCACUAAUCCUUUAUGCAAGUGGAUCUGGAGGCUUGCUUGAGAGGCUACCUUUGACAGGUGUGGAUGUUGUUAGCUUGGAUUGGACAGUUGAUAUGGCUGAAGGUAGGAGAAGACUAGGAGCUGAUGUGGUGGUUCAGGGGAAUGUGGACCCGGGUGUCCUUUUUGGUUCGAAGGAGUUUAUCACUAAUCGUAUCAAUGAUACUGUAAGAAAAGCUGGCAAAGGUAAACAUAUAUUGAAUCUUGGCCAUGGGAUUGUUGUAGGAACACCAGAGGAGAAUGUUGCCCACUUCUUUGAUGUCGCCAAGGGAAUCAGAUACUAAAAGCAAGAGCAACCAAUUUUCCAUAUUCUUCUUCUACAAUAUUAACUAGGCUUAAAUUGUUUUUUGCCCUGGUGCCUUAUUGCUCUUGUCAUUUUAGUUCCAUUUUAUGGUAGAUAGAAUAUCUGGUUGAAGGAAACUCUGACUCGUCGGUCUGAUGUCCAGACUCCGGUUAUAGAGAGUUAGGUUUAGAUAUGUUGGAGAUUAUGAUGCCCUCUGUUCCAAUGAAAGGAAUAUGGUUUUAACUUGAAUUCUGUUCACUGUUUGACGUUUAAAGGUCUUUGUUUUUUUUUUUUU